AUGCCACCAUCCGCCAUUGACGAUUUCGCUUCCAGUGUCUUAGGAAGCGUAGAGAGCACAGCCAAUUCACUGUUGGACGGAGACACUGCUGCCAAAGUAAUUGAUACCUUUGAGAAUACCAUGUUGCCUUACCUCGUGGCUACCGCUUCCUUUGCCCACGGUGUGGUCUUUCCCGCUGGUGGUGAUAAGGUUGCAGUUCCAGUGCAAGCAAUCACCCCAGCCAAUAGAGGUGGUGGUGCUCUCACGCCCUACUUUUUUUACGGAAUGGUGUUUGGAAUUGGGCUUUCACACACAUUGUACCGCACACGAGUCACGGACAAGUUGCGAUUGGCUCUUUAUGCUUGGUUAUACGAUACUCCCAAUGAUAAGCCUGGUAGUCCUCAAAACCAAUACCGUGACCCCACCGCACUUCAAGAGUUGGAUGGAACCCCAAUGCCAGGUUCGGAAAAGGAAGACAAUGCUGGUAUUCUGAAGGAAUUGUUGUCACCAGACUGGGCAUUGACACCCAAUCUUCACGUUGCCUUGUUGACUCUUCCAUUUGGAGCUGAAUUGAACCCCACAAGCGCAACUGGUGUCGAAUUCUACUAUGUCAUUGAAGGAGAUGGUACCUACACCCAAACCAUUGAUGGAAAGCCAGCAAAGGCAAAGCGCAUAUCGAGCGGAAAUGGAUUUGUAGUCGACCCCGGAACAAUUCGAGGAUUUGCUGCCAACGGAAGAGGUCAACUGGUUCUUCUCCGCACCACUGACACUGCCAUUGUCGAAGGAUACGACGUUAAAACGAACACUAUUUCUUCUCCCAAGGCUAUUGUCACUGCAGGCGUUGGAAAGAUGGAAGAAUUGAUUAAGAAGUAUACCCAUAAAGAGGAUUUCGAGGAGGUUUCAAAGCCCAGUGGAAACUAA